AUGAAUGCUGUCAUUAGUGGGACACGUUCUGAUGACGCAACUCAUUUGAAGGUCCAAAUCGGACACUAUGUGGUGCCUGAACCCUUGAAGGAAGGUCUGAAGCCUACCAUCUACAAUGGGGGCUCACUGUCCAUGGUGCACAUGGGCAUCAACCACCCUGUGCUUGCUUCUUUCCUAUGUCCUAUUUCUGCACUUGUGGAUUUCAAACGAGAUCCCACAUUGGCCCGAAAAUGGAUGGAGAUUGGACAUAUUCAUAUGACCUUGAUUGACUUUCCAGUGUUUCUGUGGGCCAGAAAUCCUCCUGGCAGCAGGUACGAUGAGGAUGUCAUGCAUGAGGGCCUGUUUCAGGGCUAUUUCAUCGAGUGUGUAAGUCUUUCAGUUGAUUAUAUGCAUGUAUCUUACUAA